AUGGGUGAGAAAUCAAUUUCGUUUGAAAACGUUUCGAAUCCAUAUCUUUUAGCGUCUUAUGACCAAAGUCAGCCCGACUACAACACGCCUGAGGCGGCAUACUGGUAUCAACAGCAACAGGCACAAUACCAACAGCAACCAGGAGCUCAGCCUGAGGUGAGUGAGCUAAAUGUACGUGCCGUCAUUUAUCGUGUUCGAUUAAUUCUAGCAGUAUGCGGCGUAUAGUAAUCCCGGGGCGCAAGCCGUGGCUGCCGGAGCGCAUGCUCAUGACAUGUACUCUAAGCAGGCGCAGGAUCCGUACGCUGCCGCAUACGCAUCUCACGAUCAACAGCAACAACAGGCACAUGCUCAGAAUCCGUACGCUCCGCCACCACCAGCUGGAGCCGAUCCAUAUGCUCAAGCCGGUGCCGUUGGAGUUGAUCCGUAUGGCCAGAAUGCUUCGAGAGGAGGCUCAAGCCACGGAGGAUUUCGGGGAGGUUACGAUGGUGGACGUGGCGGUGGAAGAGGGGGAUUCGACGGAGGUAGAGGCGCAUUCGGAGGCGAUCGUGGUGGACGUGGAGCAUAUGGAGCAAGCGGGGGAAGAGGUGAGGGAAAGUCCAAACAGAACAGAAGCUGAAUACCUGUGUUUAGGAGGUGGAUUUGACGGAGAUCGCCGUGGCGGAAGCCGCUGGGACGACGGAAGCAAUGAUCGGUAGGUAACCGCAAGAAUAUACUAAUCUGUGUAAAACUGAAAACCAACACUACGUCGUCCGCAAACUGAAAACUUGUUGUGUUGUGUUGAAAAUCGAAACUACAGAGUUCAGAGUUUAUCAAAAUCUAUUCCCAGUUAAAAAUGUAUCGUGAAUUGUAUCGUAAACGAAAUGGUGAGUUCUCGGAAGUAGAAGGUCAGUCAUUGGUUGAAGCCACGUAUGUGUGCUCAUUGAGUUCAGGGCCGGGCCCCCGGUUCCUCUCAAAAUGUUAUGUAGUUCAGCUUUUAUUGCGUGUAAUUGGUAUCAAAACGAGUGAACAACAAGAAGUCGACAAGAUGACUUCAAUUGUGAAACAAGAGACGCUCCUGUCCGAAAUCUCUCAUGCUUAAAAUGACUGAAAAUCUGUUAUCAAAAAGCUUGUUCGGGUUAUGAAAAAACGCGUGAAUUAUGCAAAAUGAAUCAAAAACGAGAUGAAAAAAACUGAGCCGAAAAUAUUAAUAUGCGCGCGUAAAACUCGGUGAAAAAGACGAAAAUAAAAAUUCGAAAGUUUCGGUGUGGUAUUAGCAUGAGAGAGGAGGACAGGAGGCUCUGAAUGAAGAAUGAUGUAUUGCAGACAGGGAGGACCUCCCGGAGGAAGAGGAGGUUAUCAAGGUACAGAACAUGUCAUUUCCUAUUUAUCUUUGUAUACGAGCUUAACUAAAAGUGAAACGAAGAAUUGGAAGUGAUUUCCAUGCAUGAUUUUACUGUUAUCGAAUAAUUAGAGAUACGAAAUCGUUCAGUGCGUCAUUAAAACAUUACAGAUAGAGGACCACGGCGUGACGGACCACCAGGAGGCGGAUUCGGAGGAGGCGGUGCUCCAGGUGCUGGAAGCCGCGAAUUCGGAUCCGAUGGACGCGUCGAACUGAAGGAAACUGUCUUUGUGCAAGGAAUUUCCACUUCGUAAUUAACCCAUUAUCACGGCAAAGAUCGUAAUUCGACCUUUUUUCAGUGCCAACGAAGCCUACAUCGCUGACGUGUUCAGUACCUGCGGAGACAUCGCCAAGAACGACCGCGGACCGCGUAUCAAGAUCUACACUGACCGAAACUCGGGAGAACCAAAGGGCGAGUGCAUGAUCACUUUCGCUGAUGCUUCUUCCGCUCAACAAGCUAUUACCAUGUACAACGGACAACCGUUCCCGGGAUGCACCAGCCCAAUGAACAUCUCGCUCGCCAAAUUCCGAUCUGACGGAGGAGAGCGUGGUGGCCGUGGAGGUGGCUUUGGCGGACGAGGCGGAGGCCGUGGCGGCUUCGGAGGAGGUCGUGGAGGGCCACCAGGAGGUCGUGGCGGAUUCGGCGGCGACAGAUUCGGAGGUGACCGCGGAGGUGACCGCGGAGGUGAUCGGGGAGGUUUCGGCGGUGGCAGAGGUGGAUUCGACGGAGGACGGGGAGGCGGCGGUGGCUUCCGUGGUGGAGACCGAGGAGGAUUCCGCGGAGGAGAUCGUGGUGGAUUCCGUGGAGGAGAUCGAGGAGGAUUCCGUGGCGGAGAUCGUGGAGGCCGUGGUGGUGGACCCAACGCGAACAUGGAACAGCGAAAGAACGACUGGCCGUGUGCCCAGUGCGGAAACAACAACUUCGCUUUCAGAAGGGUAUGCCCAGGGGCUGAGUUGACAAUCAAAAUAUUGAGUUCUUUCAGGAAUGCAAUCAGUGCCAGACACCGCGUCCGGACGGAGGCCGUGGAGGACCACCCAGUGGCGGAGAUCGUCGCGGAGGUGGCCCGCCAGGAGGAGACCGCUACAGACCAUAUUAA